UCUCAUCUCUUUUCACAGAGAGGAUCAUGAGCUCUCCGGUGAUAGAUCAAGACAUGAUCAUAGAGAUUCUCUCUCGUUUUCCGGCUUCGGAUGUUGGAAAAUCUAGUGUUCUUAACAAAGAGUGCAAUAAGAGAAGCUACGAGUCUUGGUUUCUCAACCUCAAUCGCGACAGAACCAAUUCUAUUUCCGGCUACUUUGCGCAAUACAGUGGAAGAGGUAGCAACUGUCAAACCAGAUUUGUCUAUGAUGAGAAGACAGUUUCUGAAAACAACGGAGUCUCAAUCGAUUUUCUACCACCGGGAAAAAUAAAGAUUGAAGCUUGUGAUGCAAGUCAUGGGAUUUUGCUCUGUGUUAACGAAACAAGAUCAAGUGUGACGGAGUACAUAGUCUGCAAACCAACCACAAAACAGUAUCAGAUCAUACCGAACCCAACAAUGCAGACUUGCGCUGUCUCAUUCGGUUUAGCGGUAAACCAACUGAACCCUUUCGGGUAUAAAAUACUUAGGCUUUCUAGAUUACCGGGUGUAAUAAAUCGGAGUCAUAGAACUUUCGUCUGUGAAGUUUUCGAUUCCGAUUCUUUUAGGUGGAAGAGGAUAAAGAAUUUGCGUCUACCAAGAAAUGACGGUCUUAUUCUUUCAAAACCGGUACAUGCCACUAGAUUCUUGCACUGGUUAUCAUGGGACGGCAAUGUGAUCCGGUUCUGUCUCGAAACUGAAACUUGGUCUUUCUUUAAAACACCAAACUUUGGUGUUGCUCCAACAUUGGUCAGAUACGAAGGGAAGCUAGGUGUUAGCCGUUGGUGGAUGACGGGUUCAGGAGAGGGACUAAACCGGUUAUGGGUUUUAAAGAGCAGUUUUGAAAAGGCGUGGGUAAAAGUGAAAGAUAUUAAACGUAUAGGGAGAGGAGAACACGUGUUGUGGACACCAAGCAACGACAUGGUAACGCUUUCAAGCCGGGAUCGUCUUUGUGUGUACAACGUAAAGUCAGAGAAACUGAGUAUGAUUCACAUGAAAAAGGAAGGCACCGAUUAUGUUUGGUUCCCGUUUCGUUCUGACUACGAGAGGGUUAAUAUGGAUGAAAGCAGAGAAGCAGAGAACCGCAACUGAGUCAAAGGCCAAUAGGGUCAACAUGAAGGGAGUUUUUCAAUGUAUGGUUAAUUAUGUAAAGAAUAUUCAAACCUCGCUUGGAAGAAGACCGUACUACAUUAUA